AUGGGCGGGCCUUUUAUUCUUAAGCUUCUCCGGAGCGGGGCAACUGUUGGAGGAGAUUGUGUGUUAUAUUCUGAGGUUUCUUCUGAUCUGACAACCUCAUGCGCAGAGUCUUCAUCAUCUGAAGAAUGUUCUGAAGAUUCUUCUUCUGAGGAUUCUUCUGGUCUGACAACCUCACGCACAGAGUCUUCACCAUCUGAAGGGGUGCUAGCCCUACCUCCGAUGAUCGCACACAAAACACGAACUUAUCCUUCCUCUCUUCAUUCAAUUUAUGCACCACUCUUCAUUUAUUUUAUCCUCCACUCUUCACUCAAUUUAUCCACCACUCUUCACUCAAUUUAUCCUCGUCUCUUCACUCAAUUUAUCCUCCUCUCUUCACACAUAUUAUCCACCUCUCUUAACUCAACUUAUCCUCCUCGCUUCAUUCAAUUUAUCCACCUCUCUUCACUCAAUAUAUCCUCCACACUUCAAUCAAAUUAUCCACCUCUCUUCACUCAAUAUAUCCUCCUCUAUUCACUCAAUUUAUCCUUCCUCUCUUCAUUCAAGAUAUCCUCCUCUCUUCAUUCAAUUUAUCCUUCCUCACUUCAUUCAAUUUAUCCACCUCAUUUCAUUCAAUUUAUCCUCCUUUCUUCACUCAAUUUAUCCUCCUCUCUUCAUUCAAUUUAUCCUCCUGUCUUCGCUCAAAAUAUCCAACUCCCUUUACUCAAAAUAUACUUCAUCUCUUCACUCAAUUUGUCAUCUUCAAAUCACUCAAUUUAUCCUUCCACUCUUCACGCAAUUUAUCCUCCUCUCUUCAUUCAAUUUAUCCUCCGCUCUUCAUUCAAUUUACCCUCAUCUCUUCACUCAAUUUAUCCUACUCUCCUCAUUACUUCCCCUUUUCACUCAAGUUAUCCUCUUCUCUUCACUCAAUUUAUCCUUACUCUCUUCAUUCAAUUUAUCCUCCUCUUUUAUUCAAUAUAUCCUCCUCUCUUCACAGAAUUUAUCCUCCUCUCUUCACACAAUUUAUCCUCCUCUCUUCCCUCAAUUUAUCCUCCUCUCUUCCUUCAAUUCAUCCUCCUCUCUACAUUCACAUUAUCCUACUCAAUUCCCUCAAUUUAUCCUUCCUCUCUUCACUCAAUUUAUCGUCUUCAAUUCACUCAAUUUAUACUUGUCUUCAUUAAAUUUAUCCACCUCACUUCAUUCAAUUUAUCCUCCUCUUUUCACUCAAUAUAUCCUAAACUCUUCAUUCAAAUUAUCCUUCCUCUUUUCAUUCAAGUAAUUCACCUCACUUCAAUCAAAUUAUCCACCUCGUUUCACUCAAAUUAUACACCUCUCUUCACUCAACUUAUCCUCCCCUAUUCAUUCAAUUUAUCCUCCUCACUUCAUUCAAUUCAUCCUCCACACUUCAUUCAAAUUAUCCACCUCUCUUCCUUCAAUUUAUCCUCCUCUCUUCCUUCAAUUUAUCCUCCUCUCUUCCUUCAAUUUAUCCUCCUCUCUUCAUUCAAUUCAUCCUCCUCUCUUCGCUCAAUUUUUCCUACUUUCUUCCCUCAAAAUAUCCUUACUCUCUUCACUCAAUUUAUCCUCUUCAUUUCAUUCAAUUUAUCCUUCCCCUCUUCAUUCAAUUUAUCCACCUCACUAUAUCCUCCUAUCUUGACUAAAUUUAUCCUACUCCCUUCCCUCCAAUUAUUCUUCCACUCUUCACUCAAUUUAUUCGCUUCACUUCUCUCAAUUUCUCCUCCUCUCUUCACUCAAUUUCUCCUCCUCUCUUCACUCAAUUUAUCCUCCUCUCUUCACUCAAUUUAUCCAACUCUCUUCAUUUAA